AUGACACCCAUUAUCCUACUAGUAAAAAUUCAAAAGUUGCUCUGGUCAUCUGAGCAGAAAGUAUGGCUACAGGAACAGCUUGAGAUGUUUGUCCUAAAUCAAGGGGAGUGCUGGCUUGAACAUUAUUGGGCAAUCGAGUUUGAUGAGCGGUGGCCAUUGAGGAAGAGAUUAUGGCUGAGGCUCAGACUUCAGGCUGAACUAACAGAUGAGCAAGAACAUCUUCUGGGAUGCCUGCUACCACUUUUUUCGGCAGUCUUUCAGCAGCCGGCGGUUCAGAUGUGGUGGAACCAAGUACUAGUUGUGACAGUGGUGCCGCCUGGUAGCCAAGGGUGGGACAAACACAGAUAUCUGAAAAGUUUCAACUGCAUAGUAUGCAACACAAAAAUUAAGAUUGAGCUGGACACAAACAUCAUUCAACCAUUCAAAAUGGCUCACCCUCGUAUCCACAACACUGAAGAAGAACACCACAAAGAAGAAAUUUGUCUGAAGAAUCAAUUGAGGUACAAAAAAAAGAAGGAAAGUGCAUAUCAAAACACCAUUUCCUCCCGUAUCAAGCUCCUGGUCAACAAUUGCGUGGACAUCUACCUUGAUAGCAUGUGUUCCCAACUGAAAUGUGGUGACAUUUUACCUGAAGAUAUCCGUGCUGCCCUUAAUGCACUUGAGGACCUUCGUACAGAUGCCUGUGCUGUCGAGGAUGAUGUACUCCAACAGGAGGGAGUGGGAGGUGCAUUGGAAGAGGCUUGUCAGGCUAGCAAGAGUGUCCACCAGGUUGUUAGCGCAGUGGAGGAGAUAUUCCUCCUUUCAUUUGAUAUUUCAAAUCUUACCAAAGCCUAUACUCAAAGAGAUCUACUCUUUCAGCGGUCAACUACUUAG